AUGGGCGGCUCGUGGAAACCGUACCUGUAUGGCAUUGCACCAUGCACGGGAGGUAUCGCAUUUGGAUAUGAUACGGGGUCAAUGAGUGGAAUUCUUACGAUGACUCAAUUCCUGGUCUAUAUGAACUAUCCCGGAAAUUUCCUCCAAGGUGGUAUCACUGCAUCCAUCCAAGCUGGCUCAUUUGCCGGAUCGCUUCUGACAGGUGCUUUCCUUGCCGAUCGACUUGGCCGUCGUAAGACUAUUCUGCUGGGCUCUUUGAUAUUCACAAUAGGAGUGGCUGUUGCGACCGCAGCAAACGGUGUUACUGCUCUCGUCGCAGGCCGUGUGAUCAAUGGAUUAGGAAAUGGUUGUUUGGCCAUGAUGCACCCCCCUAAGAUUCGCGGCCGGAUUGUUUCAUUUCAGCAAUGUUGUAUCAACUUCGGUAUUCUCAUCGCAUUCUGGAUUCAGUACGGCUCAAGCUUUUUAUCUGGGGAUGCUUCAUGGCGUCUAGCAAUUGGACUACAAAUGAUUCCAACUGUCACUCUACACGUGACCAUGUAUUUCAUGCCAGAGUCUCCUCGAUGGCUUGCGCAGCGCGACGAACACGAAAAAGCAUUGGAAGCCUUGGCAAGAAUGCACUCGGAUGGUGAUAUCAAUGACCCCUUCGUGCAAGCUGAGCUAGCGGAGAUUGAGGCAAAAAUCCAGUGGGAGAGACAGAACCCGCCUCCAUCUUACAUUCAAAUGUUGGUUGGAAAGGAUCGCCGUCGGACCUGGUUGGGUAUUGGAGUGCAAUUCUUCCAACAAGUUACCGGUGUCAAUGUAAUCAUGUACUAUGCAGUGUUCCUCUUCGAACAGGCUGGUAUCAGCUCAACCCGCGGCUCGCUUCUAGCAAACGGUAUCCAGGGCGCUGUUUUGAACGUUUUCACUUGGCCGAAUAUGUACUGGAUGGAUACCUGGGGUCGUCGUACUCCUAUGGUCAUUGGAGGAUUUGGUAUGGGGGUUGCGAUGAUGUUGAUUGGAACAAUCAUGAAGACUAAAGGAAACCCGGUAUAUGAUUCUCUAACUAAGAAAACAAAUUUCGAUUUCACAAACGGCAAUGCCUCGAAUGCCGUUAUCGCAUUUGUAUAUGUCUAUGUUAUGUGUUUUGCGUUGACAUGGGCUUGCGUUGCCUGGGUCUACCCACCCGAGCUAUUUACAACUGGCUCUCGUGGACGUGGAACAUCUAUGACAUCUGCAACAAACUGGUUUGUGAACUUUUGGUUUGCCCUUUACAUUCCAACAGCAAUGGACGAGAUCUCCUGGAAACUUUAUCUAAUAUUCAUGACUCUCUGCUUUACGAUGGCUAUCGUUGUCUUCUUUCUCUACCCUGAAACAGCAGGAAAAUCGUUGGAGGAGAUUGAUUUCCUAUUCUCGAAAGACAGAACUAUUUGGGUAUAUCGCGAUCGCCAAGCUCGUUGUGUUGGUGCAAUUUUCGAGCGCGACAUGGCACACGGAGAAGCUCUCACUGAUUUCGGUGGAAAAGGUCUUGGCACUACUCAUGUUGAUCAUGUGGAUUAG